AUGCCUCCUGUCUGGGUGCAACUGAAGCAGCUUCUAAUUCGCGAGCUCCAGAUCAGCAGGAGUCUUGCUGCCUACACUUACUUCGAGGCGACAAUUGCUGGCGUUUUGCUCGGCGCUACCUAUUUUCACAUGUCUCUGCGUCUGGCUGGCGUCAUCAGUCGAUUGGGCCUCAUCUUUGCCGUGCACUGCACUCUGGGGAUGCAGGCUCUUCAAGGACUUCUGGCUUGGCGAGACGGCUACACCAGCUACCGACGUGAACGUGCCGCAGGAUAUUACUAUACUGGCAGCUUCGUCAUCGCCAAAGUUGUUGUUGAUGCUGUCCUUCUGCGGGUGGGGCCUCCUGCUUUGAUGUGCGCAAUCAUCUACCUCCUGGCCAGCAUGCAUCCAGGACGAGAGGCUGUCUGCUGCUUGGGCUUUUGCCUCGCCUCCUUUGUUGCCUCGACAUUCUGCCUGGCGCUGGGAGCUACGGCACCCAGGUCUGGUGUGGUAUUACCACUGGCAGUGCUGCUGAUUCUCAUCUUUUUGCUGUUUGGCGGACCAUUGCUCGCCUCCGGGGAGGAUGUUCUUCGAAACGUCUCGAUCUUCAGGGCUUCGUUCAAUAUGCUGGCAGCGAACGAGCUGCGAGGAUUAGAUUUCCUGUUCGAUCCGGAAGGUGUCAGCGUCACGCUGGACAGCAGAUCCGGUGAGGACUGGAUGGUGGACCUUGGCAUCCAAGACAAUCCUGUUGCAGAGGAGGUUGGCUGGUUGCUGGGUUGGUCUUUCUUUUACAUUCUCCUGGCUUGGGCUGUGCUGGCUUCACGGUCAGUCACUUGUUCGGAGUGCGCUCUCCCGCGCGGCUGUGGGAGGGCCAGCGCCACCAUCGAGCAGCCGCAGAUAGGACGCCGGCGAAGUACUGCAAGCGAAUGA